AUGCUGGAAGCGGCAGUGGGCAAGCGCAUCCCGCUGGACGAGCUUCUCAACGUGUACAUGAAACAUCAGGGUUACGCCCUCUGUUUGGAAGACUUUCAGUUCGGUUCUGUGAGGGAACUACUGUCCAAAUUGCCCCGAUUAGUACGAAUAGAGACGGUGUGUAUGGACAAAGCACACUCACAGGUACCGCCGACCACGAAAGACGGAGAGUCCGUGGGUAUUAUACUGGCUCCAACGGAUUCCCUACAAUCUGAUAAAAAGUCCACCGAUACGCAAGAGUCAAUGGACGAUGGAAGUGAUAAUCAGGAUGCUCGAGAAAUGGAAUUGGUCACCCCGACCGCACAGCCUAAGGAGGUCUCACAAGAUGCACCUGUGACAGCAGAGUUGGAUGCACCUGAUACAACUGCCCGAACCUGGACGGUGGAUUACGUUUGUCUUGCUGAUCGUGCCCAAAUCAAACACCUCGCCCACAAAGUGCUCCUCGUACUCCUGGAAGCUCCAUCUGGGACCUUGUCUGUUGCACAAUUCUCCGAACGAUUUCGUUGCACGUUUCGUGAUGAGCCCAAUUUGAAUUUGAUUCACGAAGAGUUGGGCGACAUUGUUGAGUUCAAGAAGCUAUCUACUCGCACUACCGAUGAUGCACUGCUCGGAGCCUCGGGCUCAGCUCGGUGGAAUGAUGCCACAAUCAGUGAAUCUGCCGUGAUUAUGACUCCAUCAUCCUCGACAGCUUCUGAAGCAGACACUAGUAUGCGCACAACCGAUAGUCUGGCAGCUCCUUCUUCUGUUGGCACCGCCUCGAGCCCCGACCCAGUGACCAAUUGGGAGGCGACCACAAGCACCAUAUCGCUACGUCCGUUGAUCAUGUUCGCACGGGAAUUGCGGGAACUUCUCAGACAAAACCAGGGUAAACUAUUGCUAGUCCAACUGUGCGCGGUGUAUCAGCGUCGUUUUGGCAUUCCGCUACGACCACAACGCUAUAACUAUCCGUCUUUGGCCACUUUGCUACAGGCGGUCGAUUUUGUUGCUGUGAUGCGCGGGCGUGGUGUACGAAAUGCACUUUCCAAACUGGAUUUGCUUUUCCGCAAACCGAUGCAAAAAGCCUAUCAGGAGUCUGUGCAAACAGUAUUGGGAGAACUGCGAAAUUCACCAAUCACUUUGGGUAACAUGGCAAAUGAUACCUCAAAUUGUACCGCGAGCAUAUUUUCCAUUUUGUUCAAUUGGUUCCACUUCCGAGUUCAAAGUUUGGAAUGUCUGAAUGUGGGUUCAUGCCUUCCGCACUACUGCAAUAUCACGGAAGUCACAUACAUACUGAACAGAGUUUUGCCCACUCGUUCUAUCCAGGCCGACAAAGAUGGAACGUAUUGUCACAGUUCACCGGAACCUUUACCCAAAGAUGCCUGGUUUUGGGUUGCCAUAGCACUGGCAACUCUUUGUCUGUCACUGCUGUUUUGUGGUACUCUACUCGAGUUGUUCGUCUGGUUUUGCUGGAAAAAAGACAUGUACCGAGAGCGAGUUUUCCGGCAAAUCGUGGAUCAGUCAGCCUGUUCGGCACUGCUCUCCAACUCCGAACCGGACGAGGCCACAAGUUCCCAGUCCAGUUUGAACGCAGCGUUUGAGGAGGAUAAAGUUUCCCCGGAAUCCGGAAGUGGGGUGUUCGGUUUUCACUAUUCCGAGUAUCGAGAAGACUUCUUCGAUCGUCGUUCGUGGGGUUUACGCCUGCUCCAGAUCUAUUCGGUUCCGGCAAACAUUAUCCUACUCCGGUUUGAGUCUCACCAUACCGGUUUCGAUGGCAGUGGCAAACCGUUGGAAAACCGAUUGCAGAUCUUAGACGGCUUCCGUUUUAUCACAAUGUGUUGGAUCGUUUUCGCCCAUGGGAUUUUGUUUUCCCUAUUCACUUGCACUGGUGAUCGAACUCAUCGAUGGAUGAUGAUUAGGACCAUGGGGCGCUUAGAUUUGCGAUUUAUAACGCGGAUUCCAUGUAUUACUUUGCAGCGAAUAGAAAAAGGGUAUAUCACUGCUUGUCGGGACUUGAACUUGGACAAGAAGCGCUGUGAAUUGGACGCUACUAAUUAUGAGAUUAUUUGA